AUGCCAAAGCUGAGGGUCUGGGUCGAAGUUGUCAUCAGAGCGUGCAAGGGCAGCCCUGCCCGGUUUGCACAGCCCCUGGGUGACACAGGGACGGUCACGGCAGCGGGGCCGCGGCGAGAGCACCCCCAGCUCAGCCUGCUGCGGGGCACCGGCAUCUUGCAGGGCGGAGAGGAAACGGACCUGAUGGCAGAGCCCGAGCCCCCUCCAGAGCUGCAGCUGGAUGAAGCCGGAGCAUCCUCAGUCCCGCAGGGAGCGGCCGCAGGUGCCGCUCCGCACCCGGACCUUUCGCGCAGCCCGUUAGACCCAGCUGUGGGUGUGGGGGUGACACCCCUGCACGGGGGCAGCCCAGACACCUGCCGGGAGCUGCAGGCAGACGGCGGGGAUGCUUCCUUGGAGCUAAACGUGCCAGGGCCCCAGCUGGACAAGGAUGCAGCUGGGGCCGGGAUCCCGCUGGACGUGGAUGUGGCAGGAAUCCCGCUGGAUGUAGAUACAGAGGGAGAAGGGAUCCCACUGGACGUGGAUGGAGGUGGGACGGGCAUCUCGCUGGACGUGGAUGCAGAUGGAGUAGAGAUCCCACUGGAUGUAGACGGGGCAGGGAUCCCACUGGACAUGGAUAGAGGCGGGACAGGGAUCCCGCUGGACGUGGAUGCAGAUGGAGUAGAGAUCCCGCUGUACAUGGACACAGAUGGAGCAGGGAUACCCGCCGAUGCAGAUGGGGCAGGGAUCCCGCUGGAUAUGGAUGCAGAGGGGGCAGGCAGCCCCCUGGACGUGAAUGGCGCGGAACAUCAGUGCCUCACCCUCGAAGAGCUGGGGGACUAUUUCCAGGAGUGCAUCGAAGCCGUUGAGCAGCUGGAGAAAGAGAGAGACAGGCUGAUCGCCGAGCUCGCCCAGCUCCGGGAGCCGGCGCUGCAGGAGAUCCGCCAUGCCCACGAGGAGAUCCAGGCAGCCUGCCGGCUGCUGGCCAAGGUGGAGCUGGAGAGGGACAACCUGAAGGAUGAGAUCCGGCAGAUCAAGCAGAAGCUGUUCAAGGGGGGAGGUGAGCCGGCACCGCCGUGUCGGCAGGAUAACCUGUACCUGCAGGAGAGCCGCCGGCUCUCCAUGGAGUUCGAGAGCUUCGUGGCGGAGAGCCGGCGGGGUCUGGGGGAGCACUAUGAGCCCCAGCUGCUCCUGCGGCCCUUGCAGGGGGAGGUGAGCCGGCUGCGGCUGCAGAACCGGAGCCUGGAGGAGCAAAUCGUCCUCGUCAAGCAGAAGCGGGAUGAAGAGGUCGGGCAGUACCGGGAACAGGUUGAGGAGCUGGAAGACAGGCUGAAGGAGCUGAAGAACGGGGUCCAGCUCCAGCAGCGCAAGAAUCAGGAACUGGAGGAGCUGAGGACCAGCCUUCACCGGGAGCUCUCCAUCUACAAGAGCUGCUUAGAAAUCUACGGCCACCUUUGCAAAUCAGAAGAAAAAGCAGACCAAGACUGUUAG